CGGCCAUGGGACCAGCACCCAGCACCAGACUGCCAUGGCGAUGAUGGGCACUGCACCGUGCCUGCUGGUGUUCCUGCUACUCCCAGCCUUCCUGGGAGGGCUUCAGCGGGAGGAUCGGGUCCUGGGAGGCUCAGAGUGCCAGAAGGGCGCCCACCCCUGGCUGGUGCUGCUCUACUACUUUGACAAGCACUACUGCUCUGGCGCCCUCCUGAACCAAAACUGGGUGCUCACAGCUGCCCACUGCUCCAUGAGACAUAUCCAGGUGCGUCUAGGUGAGCACAACAUCUCCACAUCAACGGGGUACGAGCAGUUCUCGACGGUCCAGGAAGCCAUCAUCCACCCAGGCUUUGUCGAUGGGACGAGCGGGCUUCGCAGCUAUGAGAAUGACAUCAUGCUCCUGCGGUUGAAGCCCCCUGCUGUUUACACAUCCUAUGUGCAGCCCAUUGACCUACCCACGCUCUGCCCCCUGCCCAUGGGCACCACCUGCACCGUGAUGGGCUGGGGGACCACCAGUAGUCCAGAGGAGACCUACCCCAACGUGCCCCAGUGCCUGGACAUCACCACAGUGCCCCUGGCCCAGUGCCAGGCCACCUACCCAGAGAAGGUCACUGAGAACAUGCUGUGCGCCGGGGGUGCCCAGGAGGGCAAGGACUCCUGCCAGGGCGACUCCGGAGGCCCCCUGCUGUGUAACAGGAAGCUCUACGGCCUUGUCUCAUGGGGUGACUUCCCAUGUGGGAAGCUCGGCCAGCCGGGGAUCUACACCAACGUCUGCUGUUACCUUGACUGGAUCCGCACCACCAUGGAGGGGGUGUGACGAUGCCCAGCCCCAAACUCUGCGUA